AUGGACUCCGAAGCCCUUAAAAAAUACUCAGCGUUACAUCCUAAGCCUGCUGGACUUGCCCUUCAUUAUGGCACUGCUGGAUUUCGGGCCAAGGCUGAGCAGCUUGAUCAUGUCAUGUUCCGCAUGGGCUUGCUGGCAGUUCUCAGGUCCAAAGCCAUGGCAUCUACCAUUGGCAUCAUGGUCACAGCAUCUCACAAUCCUGAAGAAGAUAACGGUGUAAAACUGGUUGAUCCUCUUGGAGAAAUGCUGCACCCUUCCUGGGAAGAGUAUGCCACACGACUAGCAAAUGCAGAGGAGCAAGAACUAGAGACAAUAAUUACUGAGAUCUGCCAAGAAGCAGUAGUAAAGCAGAACAAAGAUGCUUCAGUUUUUAUUGGUAGAGACACCAGGCCAAGCAGUGAGAGACUUUCACAGUCAGUAAUAGAUGGUAUCUCCGUUCUAGGCGGGCAGUACCAUGAUUAUGGUCUGGUGACAACACCACAGCUACAUUACAUGGUCCGCUGUCAAAACACCCAAGGGCAGUACGGGAAAGCAACACUGGAAGGUUAUUACAAAAAAUUAUCCAAAGCUUUUACAGAGCUGAUAAAACAGUCUCCCAGCUCUGGAGAGAGUCAGAAGCACCUGAAGGUUGACUGUGCCAAUGGAAUAGGAGCACUAAAACUAUCAGAAAUGAAGCCCUACUUUCCGAAGGAGGUGCUAAUCCACCUAUAUAAUGAUGGAACUAAGGAGAAACUCAAUCACCUAUGUGGUGCAGAUUUUGUGAAAGUUCACCAGAAACCACCCAGAGGGCUGGACAUGGAGCCCAAUGAGAGAUGCUGCUCAUUUGAUGGCGAUGCAGAUAGAAUUGUGUAUUAUUAUAAGGAUGCAACUGGCCAGUUUCACCUAAUCGAUGGAGAUAAAAUAGCAACUUUAAUUAGUAUCUUCCUUAAAGAACUUCUUGCCAAGGUGGGACAGACCUUAAAGAUGGCAGUGGUACAAACAGCAUAUGCCAACGGGAGUUCAACACACUACCUUGAAGAAACACUGAAGGUACCUGUGCAUUGUGUCAAAACUGGAGUGAAACACUUGCAUCACAAGGCCCAGGAGUUUGACAUUGGUGUGUAUUUUGAAGCAAACGGCCACGGUACAGUAUUGUUUAGUAAAGAUGCUGAAACUACAAUAAGGCAACUGGCAAAAGAGGAAAAAGAUGGUGAAAAAAGAGAAGCAGCAAAGGUGCUUGAAAACAUGAUUGACCUCAUCAAUCAGACAGUUGGUGAUGCUAUCUCAGACAUGUUGGUUAUUGAAGCAAUCCUGGCUUUGAAAGGUCUGACUGUGCAACAGUGGGACACCCUCUACACUGACCUUCCAAAUCGGCUGCUCAAAGUUCAGGUUGCAGACAGGCGAGUUAUUGCCACAGUGGAUGCAGAAAGGCGUGCGGUUACACCUCCGGGACUGCAGGAGAAAAUUGAUGGGCUUGUAAAGAAGUACAAAUUGUCACGAGCUUUUGUCCGCCCAUCAGGGACAGAAGAUGUAGUGAGAAUAUAUGCUGAAGCAGACACACAGGAGAAUGCAGAUGCCCUUGCCCAUGAAGUGAGCCUGGCUGUUUACCACCUGGCUGGUGGAAGAGGAGCACCACCCCAGCCUAUAUAA